GUAAUGCUCUUUAUUAUUUUACUCUGUGACACACAAUCUCUGGUUCGAUGGUGCUACGGAGAUGGCGGAGAAGGCAAAUCCGGCAAGUUCUGACACCGGUUUAACCGGAGGGACCGAAAUGUUGCAUCUUUUUUCUGCUCCGUUGCUAUGGGGGAGACGAAGCAGGGUCUCAUUUCUUGCUCGCUCAAAAAGGGUAUGAUAUAACAUCUAGAGGAUACAAGAGGUGGUCAGUUGAAAAAGAUUGAAAUUUUGAUUGGGGAGUGUUUACGACUGAAGCUAUGACGGAACCGGGUUUGAUUCUCAUGUGGUUCCCUUUGAUGGUUUUGGGAUUGUUUGUUUUGAAAUGGGUGUUGAAGAGUGUGAAUGUUUGGAUUUAUGAGUCCAAACUUGGUGAGAAAAAACACUAUCUACCACCAGGUGAUUUGGGAUGGCCAAUCAUAGGCAACAUGUGGUCCUUUCUUAGAGCUUUCAAAACAUCUGAUCCUGAAUCCUUCAUCCAAUCCUACAUCACAAGGUAUGGGCGUACCGGUAUUUAUAAAGCACACAUGUUUGGGUACCCAUGUGUACUAGUAACAACACCAGAGACUUGUCGCCGAGUUCUAACAGAUGAUGAUGCCUUUCACAUAGGUUGGCCAAAAUCUACCAUGAAACUCAUUGGCAGGAAGUCCUUUGUCGGUAUCUCCUUUGAAGAACACAAGCGGCUCAGGCGUUUGACUUCUGCUCCUGUCAAUGGCCCUGAAGCUCUCUCUGUCUACAUACAAUUCAUUGAAGAAACUGUUAUUACUGAUCUAGAAAAAUGGUCCAAAAUGGGAGAAAUCGAGUUCUUAUCUCAUUUGCGUAAGCUUACGUUUAAGGUCAUUAUGUACAUAUUUCUCAGCAGUGAGAGUGAGCAUGUCAUGGAUGCACUGGAACGGGAAUAUACCAACCUUAACUACGGAGUUCGAGCAAUGGGUAUUAAUCUUCCUGGAUUUGCUUAUCAUAGAGCUUUGAAGGCAAGGAAAAAACUUGUAGCUGCCUUUCAGUCCAUAGUGACUAACCGAAGAAAUCAAAGGAAGCAGAAUAUUUCAUCCAAUAGAAAAGACAUGCUGGAUAAUCUAAUAGAUGUUAAAGAUGAAAACGGAAGAGUUUUAGAUGACGAGGAAAUUAUUGAUCUUUUGUUGAUGUAUCUUAAUGCGGGUCAUGAAUCUUCUGGACACCUCACUAUGUGGGCUACCAUUUUGAUGCAAGAACACCCUGAAAUUCUACAAAAGGCAAAGGAAGAGCAAGAGAGGAUCGUAAAAAACAGAGCGCUGGGACAGAAGUUGACGCUAAAAGAGACACGUGAAAUGGAGUAUCUUUCUCAGGUUAUUGAUGAGACACUUCGAGUAAUAACAUUCUCUCUUACAGCCUUCCGGGAAGCAAAGAGUGAUGUCCAAAUAGAUGGCUAUAUCAUUCCAAAAGGCUGGAAAGUUCUGACUUGGUUUAGGAACGUCCAUUUGGACCCUGAGAUCUACCCGGAUCCAAAGAAAUUUGAUCCUUCAAGAUGGGAAGGAUACACACCAAAAGCCGGCACAUUCCUUCCUUUUGGAUUAGGAAGCCAUCUUUGCCCUGGAAACGAUCUUGCAAAGCUCGAGAUUUCCAUUUUUCUUCAUCAUUUCCUCCUCAGAUACCGGGUAGAAAGGAGCAAUCCAGGGUGUCCGGUGAUGUUCUUGCCUCACAAUCGACCCAAAGAUAAUUGCUUAGCAAGAAUCACCAAAACGACGCCGUAAUCAUCAUCUUCAAACUAGUAGACCCCUUUACCAAAUAUAUAAGCUUCUUUUCAGGUUUCCAUUGUCUCCUCUUCUCUUAGAACUCGAUCCAAACCGGUCCGGUUUGUGAAUUUGGUUUACUAGCAAAUAUAUGUCACCAUAGUUUGAAGGAUUUUUCAAAGUAAUGUUCAAACUUUCUUCUGGUUUAGUUUCAAAUUUGGUUAUACUCUCUCUGUUUCAUAA